AUGUAUGAGCCUCUCAGUGUCGCCGCCAUUCUUGGCGGCAUGGCAGAUGCACUGCCUACGCAUUCCCCCAGCGACGACUCCUCUGACCUCGCAUCCUCGUACGAAGUCAUCGCUCUUCUCAUCCACUCAUAUCUUUCCGCCAUCGGAUUCAAGCUCCAGGGCUUUGACGAGGACAAGAAAAUACCCGAAUGUGAAUCUCUGGCCCCUCGUCUGCCAUCACAAUGGAACUCAGGUUUCGGCUCUUACAGUUUUGUCUACUCACACAAGCAAUCCGCCAUGAGCUUCAGCAUCCGCGUUGAUCGCAUGGGUAAGAAGGUCGAAGUCCGAGGACUGGCUGUUGGAGAUGACAAUAUUCGUCGCUUUGAACGUUCUAUUAGCGAAGUUGUGGAUUCUAAGAAGCUCCCUAUUCGCAUCACAAUCAAGGAUGAUCAGGAAGACCGAUCCGAUCUUGUCGACAAGCUCCGCGGUGUAUUUACCUCUGAGCAAGCCAUCGCUGAUAUACUUCAUGACCUUAAAGUCAACAUUGUUCAGAAACUGAUUCCCAAGCUUCAAAGCGACGGUUAUAUUGAGACAGCUGAAGCAGAAGCUAACGCACGUUCCGAGCGCCGCGAUCAAGAAGCACAGAACCCUCAUCGACCCUUUCGCGGCGAUCCCGUGCCGAACCCUAAUAUGCCUUUAUCCCCAGCAAACCCACUCCCAGAGAUGGCUCGUCCUCGGCCUCAUCCAGUAGGUGACUUCCCUCCUCCAGGCUUUGAAGAUGAAUACGAAAUGAACCGUCCCCCACGAGACCUUCGAAUGCCUGGCAGGUCGCCUUACAGCAUCGGCCAUGAUGACCUGCAUCCACCUGGUCUGGGCCCGCACGAUCCUCUCCGCGGCUCGUUCAUCGGUGGGGGGUUACCUCGGCCAGGUGGUGGUUCAGGUAUGCAUCCCACGUUCGAUGAUCCCUUGUUUGGAGGUCAAGGAGGCAAUGGACAACCUGGUUUCGAUCCGCAAGCACCACCUGGAGCACGAUGGGAUCCCACUGGCCCUGGCGGCAACCCCAGAUUCCCUGGCCCUGGCAGUGGAAGGGGAAAUAACCCUUUUGGUGGGGGCUUCAGUGGAGGUUUUGGAGGUUAUGGCGGAGACAUCAUCUAA